AUGAACCUCGACAAGGGAGAACCAUCUCAGGCCAAACACGGAAAUCUGCUGCCCACACUUUCGAGCAGCUGGAUGGACCGGAUUUUGAAGUAUUACUUGAUCCCCGAGGCUCCGUUUCUCAAGUAUUGGAACAUCAUGAUUGUUCUGAUAUCCAUCAUCAAUGUCAUUCUCCUCACCUUCAUGGCGGCGUUCCAGUACCACGACAUUGCAUCGUGGUUCAUCUGCUACUUGAUCGACCUGCUCUACCUCAUCGAUAUGUACCAAAAGUGCCACGUUGCGUACCUCCAGAACGGAUUCUGGGUUGUGUUCCCCAAGGAAAUGCUGAUGAACUAUGUGACCUCGUGGGAGUUCCGCUUCGACAUUAUCUCCAAUUUCCCGGUCGACCUGUUUGGCUUCAUCUUCUACAACUAUCCGAACACACAAUACUACGUGUCCAUCAUCCGACUCACCAAGGUUGUUCGAUCGGAAUACCUGUUCCGCUACUUUAGAAAGCAAGAGAAGAAGUUGCAUUCGUCCUUUGCGCUUCAGGUUGUCAAGUUCAUCACCUUUGUGAUCGUCAUCAACCACACGGUCGCCUGCAUUUGGUUUGCGAUUGGCUGCCCGAACGGCAUUGGCGAUUGCAACGAUGGUUCGUGGGUGAAGCCAACGUCCGGCUUUCUGAGCAACGGCGGAACCCUGGUCGAGAUCGACUAUAACAGCACGACGGCUAUGUAUGUCGCGAGCAUCUACUGGACAGUGACAACUAUGACCACGACUGGAUAUGGCGACAUCCACCCAAACAACCUCGGCGAGCGAGUGUACGCUCUCGUAUGUAUGAUCUUGGGAACGUUCUUUUACGGAUACGUGUCCGGAACGAUUGCCUCUACCCUCUCGAACAUGGACUCGUCCCGUGUCGCGUACAGGCAAAAGCUAGAUGCCGUCAAGCAGUACAUGGCCGACCGCAAAAUGGACGUUGACAUGCAGCACCGCGUUCUCGACUACUAUGACUAUGUCUGGGACAGAAACAAGGGCCUUGCUCUCAAGAACAUGUUUGAGGAUAUGCCGAGUGCCUUUAGACGCGAAGUGGCCCUGAAUCUGAAUAACCAGAUAAUCGAUAGCACGGCAAUCUUCAAGCAAUGUUCCAUCGGGUUCCGCAGACACAUUGCCAUACACAUGACCCUGCAUUUGAUUACUGCCAACGAGUAUGUGGCACAUGUGGGCGAGUUUGGCACCGAACUCUACUUUAUCUCGCAGGGACGGAUCGACAUCUUUUCACCAACCGACAAGCGCCCAACCUCGUCGCUAAUAGAGGGAGCUCAUUUCGGCGAAUACGCCGUGAUCCUUGGCCAUCGCCAUGAAUAUUCGGCUCGGGCCGUCUGCAACACCGAUAUCUUUGUGCUCACCAAGGAGCAUCUCGAGGAGGCCUUCGUAGCCUUUCCAGCCGACCGCGAGAGCGUCUACGAGAUUACCCAGGGUCGCUACAAGAGUCACCUCAGUACCAAAAAGUCGCGCCAGCACCAAGAAGAGGCCGAGGAAGAAGAGGAAGACGGUCCACUCCUUCCCGAGACGGUGCUCACGCCAGCACCCGAUCAUUUGACUACCGGGCGAGGACACGAUACCGGCCGGCGGAAGAGCAGCGCCUCAGUCUUUGGUGAAUACGGAACCCGCAAGCAAAGCAUGGCCACUUCCGGCUUUAUGGUGAUGGAUGCCAAAACCCGAUCAAAUCAUCAGCUCAGCGAGAACCUGGGAAGCAUUGGUCGCCUCGAAGGCGACUCUCAUCACGGAUCGCUGUCGAGGAAGCACUCGGUCAGCACCGGCCAGGUCACAGAAGGCCGCAAGUCCUCAUCUGCAGCGCCGGCUCCGAUUUCGGGCAUCCGCUCGUCCGUCUCCAAAGGCCGGUUCACGGCAUCGGGCUCUUCGUCGCACGGCGUGGCGGAUCUCGAGGCUGCGAUCCCGGAGGAAAGCCAGCCUGAGCCGCGAUCGUCCGUUGGCCUGGGUCCCAAGAGGGGAUUCAUGACCCUGGAGCGAACCAAGACGGCGUCGUCACCCAAGGACCUGUCCACGGGUCGGUCUGGCCCACCCGAUGAUCCAUCGCAGCCGCGCUGAAGGCCAUCAUGCGGUCGUCGCGGCGGCUCGUCAGCGGCAUUUGCCUAUCACCAUUUGUGCGGCUGACGUGGGUUCACGAACACUCCUUCCUGUCUCAUACAAAGCCCGUCCAGCACAGAGCACCCUACUCGGUAUCCACGCAUCUCAUAGCCGCCAGUCUGUCGUGCUUGUUUCUUUCGUUUCGUUUCGUUUCGUUU